UAUGUCAGCAUUCAUAUUUACCUGUUUCACUUAGGUAUUUGGGGUUUUUUGUUGUCGUUUAUUUACUUUGUUUUGUUUGCAAGGAGGGUAGAGAGAUGAACCUCAACCUGACAUAUCUGAAUAAGCAUUUAUGGGGAGCUAGAGAAACAUGCAUCACUGAGGUCCACCAAGGAUUCUUUCUGAAAGGAAAUCCUUUCUCUGAUGUACCUGCAUUUAACACAGGUUAAACUUUUGUAUUGUUCAACUCCUUUUUGUGGAAGGGAAGGAAGACAGAAUCAUGGGCAAUUUAUAGGAAUUCUUGGGGAGAUAGGAAUAAAUUGGAACUUGUUGAAUUGAAAGUUCUGGAAUUUUCCAUAUUCACUGGUACAUGCAGGAUUAUGGAGACGGUCAAUCAAACCGGCAGUGUCUCUGAGUUCAUCCUCUUGGGACUGUCCUCCCAGCCUGAGGACCAGAAGCCACUUUUUGCCCUGUUCUUCAUCAUGUACAUGGUCACUCUGGUAGGAAACCUGCUCAUCAUCCUGGCCAUCCGCUCUGACACUCAACUCCAGACAGCUAUGUAUUUUUUCCUCAGCAUCUUAUCCUUCAUUGAUGUUUGCUACACAACAACCAUCAUUCCCAAGAUGCUGGUGAACUUCCUGUCAGAGAAGAAGUCCAUCUCCUACGCUGAGUGUAUGACCCAGAUGUAUUUCUUCUUGGCUUUUGCCAACACAGAAAGUUAUCUCCUGGCUGCCAUGGCCAUUGACCGCUUUGUGGCCAUCUGUGACCCAUUCCACUAUGUCACCACCAUGAGCCACCGCCGCUGCGUCCUGCUGCUGGCCUUCUCCUGCUCCAUCUCUGACCUCCAUUCCCUGUUACUAGUUCUUCUGAUAAACCGUCUCACCUUCUGUGACUCCAAUGUUAUCCCCCACUUCCUCUGUGACAUCAACCCUCUGCUGAAAUUGUCCUGCUCCCCCACAUUUGUCAAUGAAAUUGUAAUUAACACAGAAGGAUUGAUAACCCUGGUGACCCCCUUUAUGUGUGUUGUCAUCUCUUAUGUCCGGAUCCUCAUUGCUGUUCUUAAGAUCCCUUCAGCUGCGGGGAAGCGUAAAGCUUUCUCUACCUGUGGCUCCCACCUCACCAUGGUGACCCUCUUUUAUGGAAGCAUUAUUUAUGUUUAUUUCCGACCCCUGUCUAGCUAUACCAUCAAGGACAGGGUGGCAACAGUCAUCUAUACAGUUCUGUCCUCCAUGCUGAACCCUUUUAUCUAUAGUCUGAGGAACAAAGACAUGAAGCAAGGCCUGAGGAAGCUGAUGGGCAGGAGGUCCCAGGCAGCACUUUCGUGAGCACACUCAGAAGCAGGUCUUCUUUGAGCCUUCAUUUCUGCUGAUUCCUGGUCUACAUACCAAGCUGCUAGAAGUUAGCAUACCUAAACUGAGUGUUCGUGGGAAAUUGUAUAAGUGACCAGACUAGAAUAUUAUAUACCAAGUCUUAUAUAUUCAUAAUAUUUUAUAUUUAUCUUACAGUAUAAUAAUAGUAAUAAUAAUAAUAAUAAUAAUAAUAAUAUAUCUUAUCAUAUACCCACCAAUCAAAGCCACCUCAUUAGGGCCACCUAACUGACCCAGGGUCUUUGCACCCAUUUCUCAUUUUCUUACUCCCAUUCCCUUUUCCUAUCCACUCUUUCCAAGUGCAACUAAAAAUUUCUCACUAAUUUUUCUUGACUAGAUUUCUCCUUGUCAAUAACUCUGAAUUCCCAGGGUG